UCAAUGAUGAGUGGUAUUACCUGCCAAGCUGGAACUGGUUUCACCUUUGACGUCCCCAUGGGUGUGUCGGUGGAUACUAUUAUAAGCCAAGCAUGCCAACAGUGUUGCAGAGAUAAUCAAGCAGAACACAGCUGGAACUACUGCUGUUCAGACUGCAGAAAUGGCCUCCAAAACUUCAAUGCCAUCUGGCUGCCCAGCACCUGAAGAUAUACCUUCUGGACUAGACAUUUUUAGAACCCUACCAUACGCUUUGAUUCUGCCAGAGCUGAUCUUUGGCUGCUGGGUUUGGAUCCUUGUAGCAGCUACCCAUGUGCAAUUCCCUUUGCUGCAGGGAUGGGUUAUGUAUGUGUCAGUCAGUUCCUUUGUCAUUUCUCUGCUGCUCCUGAUGUCCUACCUGUUUGGCUUCCACAAAAACAUUCCAUCCUGGAGAAUCCUGGAUAGCCUUUAUCACGGAGCUACAGGGAUUUUUUAUUUGAGUGCUGCAGUCUUACAGGCUAAUGCAACAAUCCGUUCUGAGACACAAGCACCAGCUGAAAAUAUACCUCUCUACUAUCAGCUGAAUACUGCAGCCACAUUCUUUGCAUUCAUCACCACGCUGCUGUAUAUUUUACACGCUUUCAGCAACUACUACCACUAAAAAUCUCUGCAGAAGAAAAUGACAUAGUGGCAAAGACAACACCAAAGAGCUACAAUUGGAGUUCCAAAAUAAACUGGUUAAAAUUGAUUUAAGGACUGCGUUCUGUUAAAACUGAG